CCAAUGUCUUUUCUCAGAUAGAGAGAUGGGUACAUACGAUAACGGGAGAAUUUAAUGAGAGAUAAUGAGAAGAGAGAGGUAGAAGUCGACACGGUGUGGCUAUACACUUUUGGUUCAGGGUGUUUGGACUGUCGGAUAGCUGUAUUUGAUAGAGAAUGAGUCUGUAGGAGCAGUGAUGGGGGUCCCGUGGCUGUCGUCUCUCUUUCUCCUGCUCGCUGUACAGAUCCUUCCCGGCCACUCACGGCAAGGCCUGACUUGCACCAACGACUUCAUCAAUAACAUCACCUGUAUGUGGAACAGCCCAGGAAGUCAUCCAGGAGUGCACUGUGUUCUCCAAGGAGAAUUAGAAAGAAGUACUAAACAUGUCAACAGCUGUGAUCUAAAGCCCAUGGAGGGUCAGGACACCUUACGGAGCUGUCAUCUUAUAUAUAAAAUCUGGAAUUUUAACAGCCUGGAUAACUUAAGUCUUACAGUAACGUGUGAAAACGACACUGUUGUCAGGUGUGACUACUGGCCAAAACUGCAUAUAAAAAUGCACCCCCCUGGCAAACCCAUCGUUGCCAAGUCAAAUGUCUCCUGGAGUCUCAGCAAACCUCCUUCAAAAAUGCUCCGCUCCUUUUAUUGCGAACUGCAGUACAAACGGUCAGAGCAGCCCUGGGAGAAUGCGGUGUCAAGGAACCUCACGGCCAAACAGAUGUCAGUAGAGCUGCCCGAAGACGAGCUUGAAAAGGGACAGCUGUAUGAGGCCAGGGUUCGAGUGAAGCCAUCAGAGCCACAGAAAGGGGUGUGGAGCAGCUGGAGCCCCACUGCGUCCUGGAGUUCAGAGGUCGGGAGGAUCCCUAAAACACCCUCGCCCUCAGUGUCUUUCCCAGGUCUGGGCCCAGAACUGCAGGUGACUUUGGGGCUGGUGACUGCUGCUGUUGCCCUUCUGGUCCUGAUCACCUGCAAAUUCCACAGAGCUGGCUGGGUUUACAACCUGAAACUGCAACAUGUGCCAAACCCCUCCGCCUACUUCCAGUCCUUAAAUUCUGUCCAUGGAGGGAAUUUCCAGAAAUGGCUGAGUCCCAGGUUUGCCCCAGAAUCCUUUGAUGUCCCUCAGAGCUUUGAGGACAUCUCCGCUGUUGAGGUGUUCAAAGCCAAGGACGUCACCACCCUGUUCUACAGCAAGCACGCAAGUGACCCCAGAGAGAAGUGCGAUAGCAGCUCCAAGCCCCCCAGCUCCUACAGUGUGGAGGUCUGUCCAGUGUACUCCGGCUACAAAUCUGGGGUGGUGCACUCUGGGGAGGAAGUUGGUGGGGAAGGGGUGGAACUUGAAAAUACCCCCCUCCAAGUCAGUUGUACCUACCAGCAACUAGGAGGGGAAUCCAGACAGCUGGAUCCUGGCUGCAUGGAGCAGAAUGAGAAGGAGGAGGAGGAAGAGGAAGAGGAGGGUGAAAUUGAGAAUGGCCCAAAGGUAAUGGACACUCUUCCUCCUCUAACCAUCCUCCCCUUUACACUACUUGUUCCUGCGACCCCCUCUCUCAUCCCUCUACCCCCUCACCUUCCCAGUACCCCUUUGUUGCCCUUCCCCUUUCACGAUUUUGACUCAAAUACAGCUCCUGGUAGCAGUAACACCUCAGGACCAUUGGAGGGAGCUCUUGGUAGAUCCCCCUUUGCAGAACUUGAGCCCUCCAGUGGUGACUAUAUGUCAGUGCAGAGUGCCCGCUGUAACAACUCCCUUUGAGUUUUUUUUCUCAGUUCAUAAAGGGACACUUCAUCCAAAAAUGAAAUUAAGGUGUGUUUCCACUUUCCCAGAGUACUAUCUAUACAUCCAGAUAGUUCUGCUAGAGUUUUCUAGAUAUCGGCUUUAGCUCAUCCUGGCGCAAUGGAGCUCAACGGGUCCCUAACAUUUGUGGCCUCAAAAGCACCGGAAAUUGACAUUUGAAAAACCCAGAAGAACAUCUCUUUCCAAAUAUAAUGCCACAGUUACUCAUGAAUACCCACAGAGCUUAAUUUCUGCUCGGUUUCAUCAACAAGACCAGGUCAAAACCUAGUAUAUGGCUGGAUCUGGCGACCAAUGGUGUAACUUCACCAUAAAUGGUGUAACUUCAUCACUCAGUUACAGACAUUUGUGUUUAUAGGGCUGGACCCGCUGUUGCGGUCCAGCCAAAAAUGUUGACACAAUGUUUUAAAACAACAUUGACACUGUGCCCCAGAAUACUGGUGUGCUUUGGUUGAGAUUUUGCACGAAUAUACACAGUUGGCAUACUUCGUAGAAAGUAGUUUUCGGUGAAACAUUUCACAAAUUAAGCUCUUUGGAUGUUUGUAAGUAACCACUGCAUUAUAUUUGGAAUGCAAUGUUGCUGUUCAGUUUUUCGAGUGUAAUUAUUUGGUGCUUUGAGCACCACAAACCCAUUGAGGUCCAUUGUAUCAGGGUGAGCUGCAGUAGAUAUCUAAAAGACUUGUCAAAUGUCUGCAAAAUUAUCUGGAUAAAUACACAGUACUCUGGGUAAGUGGAAACAUACUUUAAUUUUUAUUUUUUGGGUGAACUGCUCACUUCACAAGGGGCUACUCAUCUAAUUUGAAUCCUUGCGUGCAGAUUGGUACCAUGCUCAUCAUUUUAUGUAGCUUUAUUUGGUGAUGCUGCUUUGAAGCCGUAAGCUAUUAUUAGUGCAGAACCAUGUAAACAUGACAAGGUGGCUCCUUGCUGCAUAUUGAUGGAUAUUACGGGGAAAGAUCCAGCAUACGGAAGCCAGCUCUGUGUAUUGUUUGUUGUAAGGAACUGUCAUUUAGCUGCAGCAAAUGCAAGUUCAGUCAUGCCACACUAUAUUUCCCCAAUCAGUAUACAAUUUCAAGGGCACCAUUACCACUAUAGAAAUGUAUUAUUUAUGGUUGUCAGUAUAUUAGAAAUUUAAAUGUAUUUUUUUCCAAUGGAACAUGGUGGCUUGUAUACCUUAAACUAUACCGUCUCAGGAACUACAUAAAAUAAAUAAUCCAUAUUAGUAAAUUGUAAUGUUUUUCAGUUGGUCUCAGGUAUGAAAGAAAAACUGUUGUUCUUUUAUACUUGUAAUUUUGUAGUUUUGGGGGGUAUUUAAAUAUUGUAGUAUUAACCUACAAUAUACAUACAUACAUACAUACAUACCAAAUACAUAAAAUGGUAUUUGGUAUUGACUGCCUGUUUCUCUCUUUUUGUACUUGUUCUUAAACAUUUUGUUUUUGUGUGCUUUCCUAUUUAUUCCGUAGGUCACAUAAUUUCCUAUUUAUUCCGUAGGCCACAUAAUUUACGCUGAAUUCUGACGACUCAUUUUCCGAAAUUUUUAAUAUUGUAUAACACCUUUGCUGCUUGUAGCAGAUUGCUGUAAGAGAUGUGCUCUGACAGUUUAUAUGAAUAAAGGAUUUAUAAAUAAA